AGCCGUUCGCUUGUAUCCGUCGCACAUCUCGCAUGCUGCGUCUAAUAUCAAGACCCUGAGAAUACAAUACACAUGGCACAGAUCGUAACACUUUUUGAGACGCUUUUAAUUCUGCUACUUCAUGAUUACAUCUCAACUGAAGAUGGUGAAACAAGAGCAAGUUGCAGAACUGCUCCAGCAGAUUUAGUGUUUAUCUUAGAUGGCUCUUACAGUGUUGGCCCGGAAAACUUUGAAAUAAUCAAAAGAUGGCUUGUCAAUAUUACACAAAAUUUUGACAUAGGACCAAAGUUUAUUCAAGUUGGAGUUGUCCAGUACAGUGAUUACCCUGUACUUGAAAUUCCUCUAGGAACUCAUGAAUCCACUGAAAAUCUGAUCAGGGAAAUGGAAUCCAUACAUUACUUAGGAGGAAAUACAAAAACAGGAAGAGCUAUUCAAUUUGCCUAUGACCAUCUUUUUGCAAAAUCCUCAAGAUUUUUAACAAAAAUAGCAGUUGUUCUCACUGAUGGGAAAUCUCAAGAUGAAGUCAAAGAUGUAGCAGCAGAAGCAAGGAAAAAUAAAAUCACUUUGUUUGCUAUUGGUGUUGGCUCGGAAAUUGAGGAGGAUGAACUUAAAGCUAUUGCCAACAAGCCUUCAUCAACUUACGUAUUCUAUGUUGAAGAUUACAUUGCAAUAUCCAGAAUUAAAGAAGUUAUAAAGCAGAAACUCUGUGAAGAGUCUGUAUGUCCAACAAGAAUUCCAGUGGCAGCUCGAGAUGAAAAAGGAUUUGACAUUCUGCUAGGACUCGGUGUGAAGAAGAAGGUUAAAAAGAGAAUUCAGAUACCAACUACCAAUGCCAAAGCUUAUGAAAUAACCUCACGUGUUGAUCUGUCAGAAUUGACAAGGGAUGUGUUUCCAGAAGGUCUGCCUCCAUCAUAUGUAUUUGUUUCCACUCAGAGGUUUAAAGUAAAAAAGACAUGGGAUUUGUGGAGAAUUCUAAGUCUAGAUAAGAGACCACAGAUAGCAGUCACUAUCAAUGGAGAAGAGAAAACGCUGUCAUUCACGACAACAAGCUUAAUAAAUGGAACCCAGGUUAUUACUUUUGCUGACCCUCGUGUGAAGACAUUGUUUGAUGAAGGCUGGCAUCAAAUCCGUCUCUUAGUAACAGAAGAGUUUGUAACUUUAUAUAUAGAUGAUCAAGAAAUUCAAAGGGAGCCAUUACAUCCUGUUUUAGGUAUUUACAUCAGUGGCCUAACUCAAAUUGGAAAGUAUUCUGGGAAGGAGGAAACGGUACAGUUUGAUUUACAAAAACUGCGAAUCUACUGUGACCCAGAGCAAAAUAACCGAGAAACAGUCUGUGAGAUCCCAGGAUUUAAUGGAGAGUGUAUGAAUGGUCCUAGUGACGUAGGCUCAACACCUGCCCCCUGCAUAUGCCCACCAGGAAAACAAGGACCUCCAGGCCCCAAAGGUGACCCUGGGCAGCCCGGGAAUCAUGGUUAUCCUGGACAGCCUGGUCCAGAUGGUAAGCCUGGAUAUCAAGGAUCAGCUGGAAAUCCAGGUAUUCCAGGAACACCAGGAAUUCAAGGACCACGUGGCUUACCGGGUACCAAGGGAGAGCCAGGGAAAGAUGGGGCUAAGGGUGACCGUGGACUUCCUGGUUUUCCUGGAUUACAUGGGAUGCCAGCACCAAAGGGAGAACGGGGUCCUAAGGGAGAUCAAGGAGUACCAGGAAUAUAUGGCAAAAAGGGUUCAAAAGGAGAGAAAGGUGAUACAGGAUUUCCAGGAAUGCCUGGGCGUUCUGGAGACCCUGGCAGAAGUGGAAAAGAUGGAUUACCGGGGAGUCCUGGUUUCAAGGGAGAAGUUGGACAGCCUGGGUCUCCAGGCCUAGAAGGACAUCGAGGAGAACCUGGAAUUCCUGGAAUCCCUGGAAAUCAAGGAGCAAAAGGACAAAAGGGUGAAAUUGGACCACCAGGGCAGCCAGGAGCAAAAGGAUCUCCAGGGGAAACAGGUUUGAUGGGACCAGAAGGCUCAUUUGGUCUACCUGGAGUUCCUGGGCCUAAGGGUGAUAAAGGUGAACCUGGAAUACAGGGAAAACCAGGAUCACCAGGAGCCAAGGGAGAACUAGGAGGAUUAGGUGCUCCAGGAGAACCAGGCUACCCAGGUAUCCCAGGCACACAAGGUAUAAAGGGAGACAAAGGAAGCCAAGGUGAAAGCGGGAUCCAGGGACAAAAAGGAGAGAAAGGAAGACAAGGAAUCUCAGGCUUGCAGGGGCCAAAAGGAUUGCAUGGAGAACAAGGAGAGAAAGGCGAGAAGGGAGAUCCCGGCAUUCGAGGCAUCAAUGGACAAAAAGGAGAAUCUGGUAUCCAGGGCUUGGUUGGACCUCCUGGUAUGAGGGGUCAGCCAGGAGACAGAGGACCCCCAGGACCACCUGGAUCAGAUGGAAAACCUGCACGAGAAUUUUCAGAAGAAUUUAUUCGGCAGGUGUGUUCAGAUGUACUAAGAACCCAGUUGCCUGCCAUCCUGCAGAGUGGGAGGCUGCAGAACUGCAACCACUGCCAGUCCCAAAGUGCCUCGCCGGGACUCCCAGGGCCACCAGGUCCACGAGGCCCAGAAGGACCUCGAGGGUUUCCUGGUUUGCCAGGAAAUGAUGGCGUUCCAGGUCUGACCGGUGUUCCGGGCCGCCCCGGCGCUCGUGGGAUGAGAGGCCUGCCAGGAAAAAAUGGAGCGAAAGGCAGUCAAGGAACUGGGUUUCCUGGAAUCCAAGGUCCCCCUGGUCCUCCAGGUCCUGAAGGUCCUCCAGGUAUGAGCAAGGAAGGACGUCCUGGAGAACGUGGGCAGCCGGGUAAAGACGGAGAUCGUGGCAGUCCCGGGAUGCCAGGGCCGGUCGGACCGCCUGGAAUCUGUGAUCCAUCACUGUGUUUCAGUGUCAUUGUGGGAAGAGAUCCAUUUAGAAAGGGACCAAACUAUUAAUUUGUGAUAUGAUACAUUAGAGAAUAGGUAUGGUGCUUGUCUUUUAUGGUCUUUAAAGUCUCAGGAAGGUGACCAACAAUAAUCUCAUAAACAGGAAUAAAAGUACCUCGGAUAUUAUAAAUUAAUAAGAAUCCCAAAGAUUAUACAUUCUUUUUUGAAAGAAACUCCAGUGAUUUUUAUAGUUUGCAUUGAUGGAAUCUCAAGUGGUUUUAAAUAGAGAUCACUUUUAAUAGGAAUAAAAUUAACUGUAAUAUUUGAGGUUUACUAUUUAAGUGCCCUAUCAUAUUCCUGCUACCACUGAAGUCUUUUACAAAGYGUCUUGUGACUCCACUGGGAGCAGGGUUAGGCAUUAACAGUUAUUGGUCAGGUGUAAAUUACUGUGAAAAUUUUCACAUGCAGCCUACCUAUAUGGUAUUUGGAUUGAAAGAAUGUGGCUGGCUUUUAUUUCAUAUGUGUGUGAAUCUCCUUGGCUUGUGUACUUUUUCACGUGUCUUAGCUCAAAGUGUUCCUGUAGCGACAGCAUAUAUCAAAUUUUUAUAAAUUAAGGAAAAGCAGUGCUGGAACUUUAUAUGGAAGUGAUUUCUUCUAUCUUGCCAUGCA